GGAAAGGCGAUUGGUGCAGAGAGGGAGGCAACGUGCACAUGCGCAUCGUUACUCCAGCUCGGCGAGCCUUGCACUACUCUCACCGCUAGUGUGGCUGCGUUGUCUCCUGGCGGGUCCUGCCUGAGGGGCUUCUGCCGGCCGAGGAACGAGCCGGCCCCAGCGCUCCGGGAGGAAGGCGCCCCCUUCCCGAGCCGGACAUAGGAGCUAUGGCUGAGAAUGGAGAGUUAUGGGGAGCCGGUGAGGCGGAACUGGACCCAGUGGAGUACACUCUUCGAAAACGGCUUCCCCAUCGUCUUCCCCGAAGACCAAAUGACAUCUAUGUUAAUAUGAAGACUGACUUCAAGGCCCAGCUGGCUCGAUGUCAGAAGCUUCUGGAGGGUGGUGGAGGGGGUAGGGGACAGGGUGGGUGUCCUGAGAUUUACAUUCAUGGCCUGGGCCUGGCCAUUAAUCGAGCCAUCAACAUUGCCCUGCAAUUGCAAGCUGGAAGCUUUGGGGCCUUGCAAGUAGCUGCCAACACUUCCACUGUGGAACUGGUAGAUGAGCUGGAGCCUGAGAAUAACAAUCGAGAGCCAUUAACCCGAACCCGAAAUAACUCAGCCAUCCACAUUCGAGUCUUCCGUGUUACACCCAAGUAGUUGGAAUGGAGUUCUACUGCUUUCUCAGCUGGAUAGCCAUAUUUUCCUCUCUACAUUAUGCUGGACCAUGGUUCUCCUUUUCACUGUUCAUACUCUGGGCUCUUGGGAAUCUUGCUUCCCUACCCAUCUUUCAGGCUCUUAAAGAGAAAUCCAGUUGUAGGUUUUCCAGUUUUCUGCCCUUAUCCUAGAGAAGACCAUUGGUUCAGGGUCCUGAAAUUUAAAAAAAAAAAAAAAAAAAAGACUGUGAUGGAAAAAUUUGUGUUGUUUUUCUUGUUUGGGUCUAAGUAAAUUUUUUUUUCAGAAACCAGAAUGUUCUUUCUGACCUUUCUCUAUCAUUGUUUUAGUGUCUGUCACCCCACACAGUUUUUCUCCCAUAGGAUUCCUGGCCACUGGAAGGGAAGGGGAUAUUUCAUUUCCUAUCUGUGAAGCCUUCUUUCUGAUUGAUGGAUCCAUGUUUUUUCCCCCACUGCUUUCUCAUUCUGCUUCAUAAAUCCUCUAUAGAUGAUAAAUGAAUGAAAAAACAUUUGAAUAAGCUCUUAUGGUAUACAGGCCUCUAUGCUAAGUAUUAGGGACAUGAAAUAGAAAAGUGACAGGAAGUCAUUCUCAAGGAAUUCAUUCACAUCUCAAGACCUAUGAGGGACCCACAUAGGAGGGCUCAUAUAUGGUACAGAUGAAAAGGCCUACUACUCCUAAAGGUAUAGCAGGAGUGCAGAUGAUAAAGAUUUAUCUAACAUGCUGGAGGCUUUUAUAUUUCUCGGGGUAUUAAUGUACUAGUAUUUCUCAUUGCUUGCCAUUCAUGUUUUAAAAUGAUUGUGAACUAGAAAAUCAUGACCAAUCUCAUAUACAAGCACAUCCAAAAAAGCAAGGAUUGUUUCUAAUAUUAUGAGAUAAAAAUUGUUCUGAUUUUGCUCACUUGGUCAAUCCAAGUUUUCCCAGGUUGUUUUUUUUUUCAGUAACUGUCAUCAUGUCUGUUUAUACAUCCAUAUACCUAUAAUUUUUGCAAUUUUUACCCCAAUUGAGGGGUUUCUAAUUGCUUUAUUUGGGAUACUGACAAUUUGGCUUUUCUCUCUUGGGCAUAUUAGCUAAUAUUUUGUCUAUUAGGUUUUUCCCCCUUAAAGCCAGACCCUAGUUUUAUCAAU